AAUUACGUCACCCAGGGUUCGAACUCGAGACCUCCAGGAUGCGGUAUCCAGCACCCUUUACCGCUAGGCCAAGGGGCUUGGAUAUAUCUAAAAUUAAGUUAACGUUCAUGAUUUUCAUAAAAGUCAUGAAUGAAGUGUGAUGGAGUUAGGAGAGAAGCACCAAAAGGCAUCAUCCCUCCCCUGCAGGCUGCAGUAUAUAUAUGCCAAGAGUGAUUAUCCCAAAGACAAAGGCAGCCAAAAUGAACACGAAUAUGAAAUUAGCUUGCUUGAUAUUGGUGGUGAUGGUGGUGGCGCAGGAAAUCACAGCCCAUCCCUGUGGUAGCACUUUCUUCUCGGCUCUCAUUCAGCUCAUCCCGUGCAGGUCAGCAGUCGCUCCCUUCAGCCCCAUCCCCCCAACCGAGGCCUGCUGUGCUUCCAUCAAAGCGCUAGGCCAACCUUGUCUCUGUGUGCUCGUUAACGGGCCUCCCAUUUCUGGUGUUGAUCGCACCAUGGCUACUCAGCUCCCGGAGAAGUGCACUGCCAACUUUGAGUCAUGUGAAACGUCCAAGUGAGAAACUUCCUGUGGAGUGCUGCUAUGAGAUUGGAUCAAUGUCUGCAUCUACCAACUUUCAUGUGUGGGGUCUAAUAAGUGUGUGUGGCCAAAUUGUAAUAGGUUGUUAGUUACCUUGUUUUGAAUUUUCUAGUAACUGUUUUCUUCUUGUUAAUCUUGCUGCACAAAUAGAUUCUCUAUAUUGUUGAUUGA